GCCCUCACCAUAGCCUACGUACGACCGUCUUCGUCGGACUCCAAAUGCUAAUCAAAUUUGUAUCCAAUCUUCAGUAGCUACAGUUCUGUUCAGCUACGCAUCUCUGAAAAUGGCGUGCUCUUGUGGUUUUACUAUUCCUCCCAAUCUCAACCUUAAUCUCCGCCUCCGGCAACAACCUCCUCCUCUCUACUCCGCACCCUAUCGCCUAAUCCUCUCCCCACCUUCUCUGCAAUUGCAAUUGCAGGAUCAUUUUUUGCCUCGCAAUAGUAGGCGCAAAUUCAGCACUGCCGUUAAUUGCCAAACAACGACGGAGAGGAGAACAAUGUCUGAAGAUAGGAUGCUGGUGUUUGUUCCGCCGCAUCCUUUGAUAAAGCACUGGGUUUCAGUUCUCCGGAAUGAGCAGACGCCUUGCCCCGUUUUCAAGAGUGCAUUGGCUGAGCUAGGGAGAUUGUUAAUUUAUGAAGCAUCAAGAGAUUGGUUGCCAACCAUAACAGGGGAGAUCCAAACACCAAUGGCUAUUGCCUCAGUGGAGUUUAUUGAUCCAAGGGAACCAGUAGCUAUUGUUCCCAUAUUGAGAGCUGGGCUUGCUCUUGCAGAGAAUGCAUCAUCAAUUCUACCUGCAACAAAAUAUUAUCACAUAGGAAUUAGCAGAAAUGAAGAAACACUUCAACCAGCUGUAUAUUUGAACAAGUUGCCUGAGAAAUUUCCUGGUGGUUCUCGUGUCUUUGUUGUUGAUCCUAUGCUGGCUACAGGUGGAACAAUAGUUGCAGCUAUCGAUUUAAUAAAGGAGCGUGGAGUUGAGAACAAGCAGAUUAAAGUGAUAUCUGCUGUUGCUGCUCCCCCAGCCCUUCAAAAACUUAGCGAGAAAUUCCCAGGGCUACAUGUAUACACUGGAAUUAUCGACUCCGAGGUUAAUGAGAAAGGAUUUAUAAUUCCCGGUCUUGGAGAUGCUGGUGACCGUAGUUUUGGCACAUAAACGAAAUCAGAGUAGCUAGGUCCCAACACACAAACCCAAUCUGAGUUUUGAACAGUUCAACCAAUUUUCAAGAAACCUGGGAAAGAUCUCCCAGGAUCCAUUCAGUAGCAUAUCUUACUUGAUUUCUUCUAUUUUAGCAGCUUAUACAGAAUCUCAAAAACUGCAAUGAAUAUAUAUAGUCUUCCACGAGGGACAAUCUUAGACUCAUGUGCGGCAUGAAGUACAAUUGUUGACUCUUGAAUAAUUUCUAUAAAAAGCUUGAUUUAUUUGAA